CCACUACAAGUAUAUGGUGCGUAUACAGUCUUACUGUGAAAGGAUAGGAUGGCUUCAAUCUGCCACUGUUGUCCGCAAGGAGCCUCCGCCACCACCAUCAACACCUCUGCAUUUUCCCGGUCCUUCAAUUCAAUUGUUGGAAAACACAGGCUUUUCCCAUCCUCAAGUUUAUCAUUUCUCCACAGGCAUUUACAGAAAGAGAGAAGAUUUUCGAUAAAAGAAAUAGCAUGUAGAGCCCAAGUGGUGGAGAAAGAGAAAGAGAAAGAGGAGGGCUUCAGAUUUGAACGGUAUGAAGCGGUGAUAGGAAUAGAAACCCAUGUACAGCUCUCAACAUUAACAAAGGCAUUCUGUAGCUGCCCAUCUCAGUAUGGUUCACAGCCAAAUACAAAUGUUUGCCCAAUUUGUAUGGGACUUCCUGGCUGUCUGCCUGUUUUGAAUGAAAAAGUGGUGGAAUAUGCGGUCAAGUUGGGAUUGGCGUUGCAUUGUCACGUGGGUCUUAAGUCGAAGUUCGACAGGAAGCAGUACUUCUAUCCAGACCUUCCCAAAGGCUACCAGAUUUCACAAUUUGACGUUCCUAUUGCUACGAAUGGGUUCAUUGAUGUGGACACACGCGUGGAGUUCGGUGGUGGGCAUAAAAGAUUCGGUGUGACUAGAGUGCAUAUGGAGGAGGAUGCUGGGAAAUUGAUUCACGCCGGAAAUGAUCGGCUUUCUGGUUCUUCUUACACCCAGGUGGAUUUGAACCGAGCCGGUGUUCCUUUGCUUGAAAUUGUAUCUGAGCCUGAUAUGAGAAGUGGGCUUGAAGCUGCAGAGUAUGCUGCUGAGUUGCAAAGGAUAGUACGCUAUUUGGGAGUGGGCAAUGGGAACAUGCAGGAAGGAUCAUUACGAUGCGACGUAAAUGUUUCUGUUCGGCCGAAAGGUGACCCUCUCUUUGGAACUAAGGUGGAGAUAAAGAACAUGAAUUCAUUUUCUGCAAUGCAACGGGCAAUUGAUUUUGAGAUAUCUAGACAAGUGUCUCUACACGAGGAAGGUCGAAAAGAUAAUAUUGUACAAGAAACUCGACUUUGGGAGGAGGGAAGUCAGCGCACAAUUACUAUGCGGGUGAAAGAGGGGCUAGCUGAUUACCGAUAUUUUCCAGAACCUGAUCUUCCCGAAGUUAUCUUAUCACAGGACUACAUUAAUGCUGUCCAAGCUAGUCUGCCAGAGCUUCCAGAUGAAAAGCGUCGCCGUUAUGAGAAAAUGGAACUAAGCAUGCAGGAUGUCAUCAUUCUAGCAAAUGACAAUGAUGUGGCAGCCUUUUUUGAUGCUGUUCUUGAAAUAGGCUCUGAUGCAAAGAUGGCUGCUAACUGGAUAAUGGGUGAUAUAGCAGCUUAUCUCAAGAGUGAGAAGCUUCCAAUAACCAAGACCAAAUUAACACCUCAUGCAUUGACAGAACUUAUAGCUUUCAUUAAAGAUGGAACUCUUAGUGGAAAAACUGGCAAAGAGGUACUGGUAAAACUUUUAGCAAAAGGAGGAACAGUAAAAGCAUUGAUAGAAGAAAAAGGUCUGGUUCAGAUUUCAGAUCCAAAUGUGAUUGAAGGCAUGGUAGACAAAAUAUUAGCAGAGAACCCCAAACAACUGGAGCAAUAUCGUGGUGGUAAAACAAAGUUACAAGGAUUCUUUGUUGGUCAGAUUAUGAAGGCCUCGAAAGGAAAAGCGAACCCAACAUUGUUAAACAAGAUACUGUUGGACAAACUAAAUGCAAAACAGUGAUAUUAUUGUUUGGACUACAUGUUCUGUGUGUGAAUAUAUUUCAAUCUGAAGUUAUUAAUAAUUAAGAGAAUGGGAAUUCAAGUUCUCACAUUUUUUUUCUAGUUU